AUGAAGAAUCCAUUGUUUUUGUCAUUACUUUACUUCUAUUUGUAUUUUUCAAACGGGUCACCAGUCUCUUUAGUUUCAAGUGACAUCAAUAUUCCUGCCGCCAAUGAAAAUUCAUGCAAAGACGGGUAUUCAUUUGACAACACGACAUCUGCAUGUGUAGCAUGUUCUCCUGGGACUUUUUCGAACAGCGCAACAAAUGGGAGUUGUUUUGAGUGUGAUGAAGGGCUUUACCAGAAUAUGUCUGGACAAUCAAGUUGCAUCAAGUGCCCUGUUGGGACUUUUAUGAACAAAACGGGUGCGACGUCGUGCAACUUUUGCAUUCAAGGGAGUUUCCAGAAUGAGACUGGAAAGGUAGGGUGUAUGUACUGUCCACCCGGGACAUACUCAAAUCGAUUGCGUUCGACUCAGUGUGAAUUAUGUGAAACUGGGACGUACUCGUUAACUGGAUCUAUGUCGUGCCAACAAUGUAGUUCAGGCAGCUAUUACUUUUUGUUGUCGAAUGGGAGUUCAGUGUGUUAUCCAUGUUCUCAGGGACUUUAUCAGCCCGAAAGUAAUCAGACGAGUUGUGAGUUAUGUCAUGGGGAGGUCAGUUAUGACCGAACUGCUUGUUAUGAGUGUGAAGGUGGAUAUUCAUAUGAUCAACAGGGGAAUAUAUGUUGUGACAAUGGUGCAUUUAGUACCGGGAUAGCUGUUGCAAUUGGAUUGGCAAUUGCUUUUCUCGUUGUCCUCCUUGUUUCUAUCUUUGUGAUUUACUUCACGCUCUAUAGAAAGGAAAAAGCGAAGAACAAUUUGACGAAGGAAGGAUUCGUCACAAACAAAGAUAUUGUCAAACUGUAUUUAACUCAUUGA